CUGACGCCACCGCUCUUGCCAACCAAAUAUAGGGUUUUAUUUCUAAAUGAAAUCACAAAGUACUCUUCUGGCUGCCACAACCCAUCUGAAAAUGGGACGCUUUUAAAUUUACAGCUUGCAAGGAGAACAACCUUGACAAUUGGAGGCUAAAGAAACUACAAAAUGAUACAUAGAAAACAAAUAGCAAGAUAACCUCCUGUCUACCUGCCCAGGGAAUCGCUAACAAGCUCUGACAAAUAAACAGUACCUGUGCAUGAGGCGCUUUGACGAUAUUUUGCAGUUAAACUCAAGGUAAAUUAAAAAAAAAAAAACAAUAACGUGAAAGCGCGAGCACCAUUUCCGGGCUCGUGACAGCGGCUAUAGUGGAGCGAGACGUCGGUUUGAGGGGCGCAGGGAGCGCGGCGGUGUCGGUUUCUAUCCCCGGGCUGGUGGACGACAGCAUGGCUGCGGGAAAGGGAGCUGGAAAACCCGCUUCAAUGUGGGACAACAUGCGGAUACGCUUCGCUGUUUGCUUCCUUGGAGUCUUCGUUUGUUACUUUUACUACGGAAUAUUACAAGAGACUAUCACUCGAGGGGAUUAUGGUCAGGGAGACAAAAAGGAGAAGUUCAGAUUUGCCAGAACACUAGUCCUCAUCCAGUGUAUAAUCAGUGCUCUGUUCGCUAAAAUCCUGAUCCAGUUUUUUGAAGGCUCCAAGCCUGAUACCACCAAGAGCUGGCUCUAUGGAGUGUGUUCCCUUUCUUAUCUUGGAGCCAUGGUGUCCAGUAACUCUGCUCUUCUGUAUGUCAACUACCCUACACAGGUGUUGGGGAAAUCCUGCAAGCCCAUACCAGUGAUGAUCCUCGGUGUGACAAUACUGAGGAAGAAGUACCCGCUAGCUAAGUACCUGUGUGUGCUGCUGAUUGUAAGUGGCGUUGCUCUGUUUCUCUACAAACCAAACAAGACCUCAGCCAUUGCGGAUGACCAUGUGUUUGGGUUCGGAGAGAUUCUGUUGCUCGUCUCUCUGACAUUGGACGGCCUGACAGGUGUGGCCCAGGACCACAUGAGGGCCCGCUUCCAGACCAGUGCCAACCACAUGAUGCUCAACAUCAACUUGUGGUCCACCCUGGUGCUGGGAAUAGCUGUAUUAUGGACGGGGGAAGUUUGGGAUUUCCUUAGUUUCACCGAACGCCACCCAAGCAUCUUCUACAACAUUCUUCUCUUUGGACUGACCAGUGCUUUAGGGCAGACCUUCAUCUUCAUGACGGUGGUGUACUUUGGGCCCCUGACCUGCUCCAUCGUCACCACCACCAGGAAGUUCUUCACCAUCCUCGGCUCAGUUAUUCUUUUCGGAAACGUCAUGACUACGAUGCAGUGGGUCGGCACUAUCCUGGUGUUCCUUGGUCUUGGAUUGGAUGCUAAAUAUGGCAAAGCCCCGAAGAAGACGACCCACUAAAGACAUGUGAAGGACAAAAGGGAAAGAUUGCAGAAGAAGCGGACUCACUCUAUAGCCAGUAUCUUAUUUUCAGAAGAAAUCCUGUACAGGCAUCCUGUAUGUGCCUCAGAGCUGUUUAAAUACACUCAUGUUUGAAGCUUCGCUGUAUUUAAAGGAGCUCUCUUAUUUUCCACUCCAGCUUCUGUUACAUACAGUGGAUUUGUUGAAGGGGACACGGUUAACUUGGGAUCAAAUCCUGGAUGAACUGUGAUGGGCCAUUCACAUCUCUUUUUUGGACUCAGACAUCACACAGUCAAAGAGGAAUUAUGACUGGAAAAGUGGGAAAUACUGUAUUUAGACAAAUAUUUGUUUCUGGAACCAGCACACCUCCUUUGAAUGAAUAUUGAAAUAUAGAAAGCCUAAGACAGAAAUCUCCAUUGUUUCAGUCACUAACUUAAAACCAAAAAAGGCUUGGUUUACAAGAUGUUGCUUGACUAUGUGCAGUUAUUAAAAAUAUACUUAAUUAUUGGCAAACAUGGCCAACUAUCAUGCUAUUAUGAAAUAUAAACGGUUGUGUGUAGCCUGUUAUGUCCAAUCUUACAAUUGAAUUGUUUUAUUUUCUACUAGUUGAAAAUUUACCAUAAAAGGGAAAAUGUGAUA